GCAGGUAAGAGGAAGGAACCCCUGCCCUGUCCUUCUGGAAGAGCUGAGAAGGAACCCAGGAAAUCACCCUUGGAAGAUGGUGGCCAUGAAGAUCUCCAGUCUGCUGUUGGGGUCCCUGCUCCUGGCAGUGGUGCUAGGAGAGAAGGCAGAGGGUCACUCCAGAGUCCACGCUAGGGUCAGUGGCUCCCGACCUCGAGGCCCCAGGUAUGCCGAGGGGACUUUCAUCAGUGACUACAGUAUCGCCAUGGACAAGAUCCGCCAGCAAGACUUUGUGAACUGGCUGCUGGCACAGAAGGGGAAGAAGAACGACUGGAAGCACAACAUCACCCAGAGGGAGGCUGGGGCACUGGAGCUGACCCAUCAAUCUGACAGGAAGGAGGAGGCAAGCGAGCAGCAGGGCUCCCUACCCAAGAGCCCCAGUGAUGAAGAUUUGCUAAAGGAUUUACUGAUUCGAGAGCUGCUGGCCCGGAUGGUGGAUCAGAUGGAAGUCUGCAGGCUCAGAUUUCAGUGACUCAGACCAAACCCAGCUCCGGCCUGGACUCUGCCCUUCGCUCACUCAGGACUCAGCUCCACUCCAGGGUACCCAAGAGAAGCCAAAC